AUGCCGACCCAGAAGAUCCCCGCCGCGCCGGUCGUCGGUGGCUUCACCUCCCGCCGCCACGCUAAGCUCCUGCACCACCUCUUCGAUGCAAGCAACGGCGGCGCCUCUGCCAACGCCCCCGUUAAGGACCUCCGCAUCCGCCGCGUGGUGCCCCCGGCCUCCGCGCCGCCUCCCGACGCCUCCCCCGACCCCCCCGCCGCCGCCAAGCCCGUGCCCGCCGUCGUCGAGAUCCAGGUGGCCCAGUCCACCCCGCCGGAGCCCACCGCGGCGGCGGCAGCCCAAGACCGCGAGAGGAAGCCGGUGCUGCCGCGAUCCAAGCUAGUGCGCAACCCGGCCUCCUUCGGCUACCGGCGCCUCCUGCCGUUCCUGAACCAGAUGGCGGCAAAGAACGGUUCAGACAUCUCGGACACGCCUUCAGAACCCAAGGUCUCCGACUCAGCAAACAAUGAGCUCGGCGGAUCUGACACUGGGCUGGCCGACGAAGCUGAGGACGGGAGUGGGAGCCAAGGUGGAGCUGCUCCUGUGGUGGAUUCCGUGGAGCCGCUUGCUGUGGAGGGUGCAGUAGACCGGGAGAUGCAGGCUUGCUGUGAUAGUGUCAAUGAAGAACCCAAGGUCGUCUCUGCUCAUCUCGCCAGCAGCAAGCCGUGUGUUGCCCGCUGCACAAGGUCGAGGUUUGUCCAUCACGCGAGCUCAUUUAGCUACAAGAGGAUGCUGCCAUUUCUUAAGGAGAAUGAAAUCUCUUCCCAGGGGGAAGAUAGGGCUAAGAUUCGUAGAGUGUCAGAAGAGGAACAUAUAGCAUCAGAAGGCUCUCCUGAAGAACUUGACGGAGCUCAAAUUCAGUGCGCCGUGCCGCAAGUUUCUCUGGAUGGCAGCAGUGCAGCUGAGGUUCAGGAAGUCACACAAGAAGUGUUAGCUUCAGUUGGAGACCUGGUUGCUGCCAGGAACGCUGUCAUGGCCACUGGACAACCUCAGCUUACUGUUUCAGAAGAUUCUCCUGAAAAAAGAGAUGUAGCUGAAGCUGAAACAACAGUAGAAGAAAAGGAGGCGUUGAAAUCAGAUGACAAGUCUGUUAAGAUGGAUUAUGCAGAGCCGCUUGCUGUCAAGCCUGGAGGAGACCAGGAGAUGAAGGAGCUCUGCGACAGUGUCAAAGAGCAAACCAAGGUCGUACCUGGUGAUCUCGCAAGCAGCAAGCCUUGUCUUGCUCGCUGCACGAGGUCAAGGUUCGUUCCUCAUCCGAGCUCAUUCAGCUACAAGAGGAUGCUGCCAUUUCUCAUGGAGAAUGAUAUCUCCUCUCAGGAAGGAAACAGGGCCAGGCUUCAGAGAGUUCCAGAAGAGAAACAAUUGGCAUUGGAUGCGAGCGAUGAUGUCUUGGACUGUAUAGCUGAAUCGCAGAAAGUCACACCAGAAGUAUUGUCAUCUUCAGAUAGACACUGCCAGGUUGCUGUCUUGGAAGAUUUUCCUGUGGAAAGCAAUGCGGCUGAAGUUGAAGGAAUUGCAGUAGAAGAAAACAUUACAAAGUCAGACGGAGAUGAGGCAAGUGGACUAACUUCCGGCAAGGGUGACUCCAAGUUGUUACAAGACAAGACUGAACUUGCUAAAGUACAACAAUGCCAGAGCUCGGAGUCUAGGUGUCCUGAUAUUGGUUUGGGUAGCCCUACCAAGGCAGUAACAGAGGACGAUGGAGCUGAUCAACAUGGUGCACAAGAGAGACAUUAUUCUGUGGCUUCUCCGGAUGGCCUAUUGCUUGAUCUGGGAAUGAUCUGCAAGCCUUCUCACGCUGGCAUCUCUUGCUUGAAGAAACAAGUUCUGUCUCCGAAGAAGCUUUCUCCAAAGAAAGGGAUACUUAAGAGGCAUACAAGCUGGGGGUGCAAGGGCAUCUGCAUGUGUCUUGACUGCUCCGUGUUCCGGUUGCGUGCUGAUCGAGCUUUUGAGUUCUCCAGGAAACAGAUGCAGGAGGCGGAUGAUGUAAUCGGGAACCUACUGGAGGAGGUGGCGAUCCUGCGUAGUCUGGCGGAAAAACCUUCUGGCAAAGAGCAGAUCAAAGAGGCUUGCCAGAGGGCAUCGUGGGUGGAGGAGGUUGCCAGGGACCGCCGGCGGCAGAUGCUGGAGGAACUCAACUCACACUGCAAAAUUCCCGGGCCAAGGGUGAAGUUUGCGCAGUAUGUCGACGAGAAGAUUGGCUUGGUGCCUCACAGUGGCAGUAACUGCAGGAGGCAGCCUCCCUUGUGAAGGAUGGAGGUGACAGA